AUGAUUGCACUCCUUUUCUUUGCUGCCCUGCUGUGGGAUGAGGCUGGAGCGUGGGGAUUCAAGGAUGGAGUGCUGCACAACUCGAUUUGGUUAGAACGAGCAGCUGGAGUGUACCACAGGGAGUCUCGCUCAGGAAAGUACCAGCUCACCUAUGCUGAGGCCAAAGUAGUCUGUGAAUACGAAGGAGGACACCUGGCCACCUACCAGCAGCUGGAGGCAGCAAGGAAAAUAGGUUUCCACGUGUGUGCUGCUGGCUGGAUGGCAAAGGGCAGAGUUGGGUACCCCAUAGUAAAAGCUGGAGCCAACUGUGGCUUUGGGAGAACUGGGAUCGUCGACUAUGGGAUUCGCCUCAACAGGAGCGAGAGAUGGGAUGCCUACUGCUACAACCCCCAUGAGUGUGGUGGAGUCUUCACGGACUCAAAACAUGUUUUCAAGUCACCAGGCUACCCCAAUGAGUACGAAAAUGAGCAGAUCUGCUACUGGCACAUCCGGGUCAAGUACGGCCAACGGAUCCACCUGCAGUUCCUGGAGUUUGAUGUGGAGGAUGACACUGCCUGUAUGGCUGAUUACCUGGAGAUCUACGACAGCUAUGAUGACAUCAAUGGCUUUGUGGGCAGGUUUUGUGGAGAUGAGUUGCCAGAUGAUAUCAUCAGCACAGGUAAUUUAUUUGUACUCUUUAUG